AUGUGCACACAUUUGACAGCGCUAGAAAGCCUACUUGGCGAAGCCCCCCCGUCAAUACUCAAGUGCAUUGUGCAACAGUUUGCCAAAGUGCUUCCUAAUGAUCCCAAAGCGCGCAGAGCCUUUGUACAAACAGGCGCGCUGGAGACAUUGUUGAAAAUACGUGAGACGGAAGCUGCAUCAGAAAUUCUGGACUACAUUCAAAGCGUGUGCAACCUAUAUCCACCAGAGGUCGUCAACUAUUACUCCCCAGGCUAUUCGGCAAUCUUAAUGGAGAAGAUUGACGCUCAGGCAUAG